UUGUAGCUUGGGCUGCACGAAAAUUGACAAAUAAAAUCUUUGAAUAUCCAUUAAAAUUUAACUAAAAUAUAAUACAGGAGAUAUGUGGAUCACUAAAAGCAGAUGGUUUUCCAAGUCAAAGCUAGUUGCCAGGCUUGACUAUUUGCAAAGCCUGAAUAUUGUAUACUUUCAUAAAUUCCUAAAUUGACACUGCCAUUUACAUUCUGCAGAGAAAAAUGGCAAAUUCUGAUAACCACAAUCAUAAUGCCCAUGUAGCUCUGAUUCCCAGCUCUGGUAUGGGACAUCUAACACCCUUUCUUCGUCUUGCUGUUUCACUUAUAUCCCACAAUGUCAGAGUCACUCUGAUCACGGCACAGACAACAGUCUCACUAGCUGAAUCACAGGCUCUUUCUUGCUUCUUCUCGACUUACCCUCAAAUAACCGCAUCACAACUUCCUCUCGUCCCAUAUGAUUCCCCUUCAGAAGAUCCUUUCUAUAUUCAAUAUGAAGCCAUUCGUCGCUCUUCACACCUUCUUUCUCCCAUAUUAUGUUCCAUAACUUCAUCUCUCUCUGCUCUCAUAACAGACAUGAGCUUAGCCUCUACCAUUAUCCCGGUAACGCAAUCCCUUAACCUUCCUAACUAUGUCCUCUUCACAUCAUCUGCCCAAAUGUCAACACUGUUUCUGUCCUUCCAUGCCAUUGCUGGCUCAAGAGGUGAAAAUGACCUUUUUACGAUCCCAGGUAUGCAGCCUCUGCCCAUAUCAUGGAUUCCUCCGCCAUUACUUUCUGAGAAGGAUAGCUUGUUUAGGACCCAAUUAAUGGAGAAUGGAAAAGCAAUGCUACAAGCAGAUGGAAUACUAAUCAAUACAUUUGAAAAUUUUGAACAAGAACCAUUAGUAGCCCUCAAUGCUGGUGAAGUAAUAACAAGGUUGCCACCAGUGACAGCCAUAGGGCCAUUUGAACCAUGCGGUUUUGAGAGGAGCCGGUCACUAACAUGGCUUGAUGGCCAACCGAUGAAUUCAGUUGUAUUUGUAAGCUUUGGGAGUAGGACUGCCAUUUCCAGGGAGCAAAACAAGGAACUGGCUGACGGCUUGCUGAGGAGCGAGUGUAGGUUCAUUUGGGUAGUGAAGGAAAAGAAAGUUGAUAGAGAGGAUGGAAAGGUGUUGGAUGAGCUUGUUGACGAGGAGUUUAUGAAGAAGGGGAAGGAUAAAGGAUUGGUAGUUAACCAAUGGGUGAAUCAAGAACAGAUAUUGAGUCACCCAGCAGUUGGUGGGUUUGUAAGUCACUGUGGAUGGAAUUCUGUUACUGAGGCCGCAUGGCAUGGUGUUCCCAUUUUAGCUUGGCCCCAGCAUGGAGACCAGAAGAUGAACGCAUAUGUAUUGAGUAAACGAGGGCUAGGAAUAUGGGCUGCAAAUUGGGGGUGGGGAGGGGAAAUGGUGGUAAAAGGGACGGAAAUCAGUGAAAAGAUUAGAGAGGUUAUGGGUAAUGAAAUGCUAAGAGCACAGGUGAUAAAAAUCAGGGAAAAUGCUCGAGCAGCGGUAGCAAAUGGUGGGAGUUCUCACAAAGGAGUGAUUGAACUCAUCCAGAUAUGGAAGAAUAAGAAUAUCAAGUAACACAAUUUUUUCCACUCA